UUGCGUGGUUUUGACUGUUUGUUUUUUCCACCACCAUCACCCUCCCUCCCCCCCACCCCCAAACACACACCCAAGCCCCUCUCUCCCUCCCCCCCUUUCUGUCUAUCUGUUGGUAAAUGUGGACCUUCAAAGCGCUCGGAGUAUGACAAAAGAUUUCAGGAUGCUGGAUUUGCGCUGUCUUUUCGCUUAAAUACCAACGUGGUGAAUGCGUCGGACGGGGAGGACAAGCCUGCUGCUAGUGCUCCGCGUUUCACAAAGUUAACAUCAUUUUUCUUCAUUUUAUUUCUCCCUGGAGCGACUCCAGAAGGAUGUAAGAACCGAUCCACCUCGCGCAGCUGAAGUCUCCUCGUCAAGAUGCAGAAGGGCAUACGAUUUAACGAUGGUCAUGUCACCUACCUGGGGCUUUUGGCGAAAAAGGAUGGUACGAGACGAGGGUGCUUGAGCAAAAAGAGCUCAGACAACACGAAAUGGCACACAAAGUGGUUUGCUUUGUUACAAAAUAUGCUCUUUUAUUUUGAGAACGAGUCCAGUUCUCGACCCUCGGGAUUAUACCUGUUGGAGGGAUGCAUUUGCGACAGGGCGCCUUCACCGAAACUCUUUCAGUCCGCCAAGGAGUGUUUGGAAAAGCAGUACUAUUUCACUGUCAGCUUCACACAUGAAAAUCAAAAGGCGCUCGAAUUACGCACUGAAGAUGUGAAGGACUGCGAUGAAUGGGUGGCUGCAAUAUCACACGCCAGUUACAGAAACUUGGCCAACGAGCAUGAGACUCUCAUGCAGAAAUAUCUUCAUCUGCUUCAGAUUGUGGAGACGGAGAAAACAGUUGCUAAGCAACUUCGACAACAGAUAGAAGAUGGGGUAAUAGAGAUUGAGAGGCUAAAGUCAGAGAUCUCUGGGCUGCUCAAGGACAAUGAAAAGAUUCACGACAGCCCUGCAGCCGCCCCCACCGACGAGGACUCCGAAAUCAAGAAAAUCCAAAAAGUCCAGAGCUUCCUGCGAGGCUGGAUCUGCAGGAGGAAAUGGAAGACAAUCAUCCAGGAUUACAUCCGCUCGCCACACGCAGAGAGCAUGAGGAAGAGGAACCAGGUGGUGUUCAGCAUGUUGGACUCGGAGGCAGAGUACGUGCAGCAGCUUCAUAUCCUCGUGAACAACUUUUUGAGGCCCCUGCGCAUGGCAGCCAGCUCCAAGAAACCGCCCAUCACCCACGAUGAUGUCAGCAGCAUAUUCCUCAACAGUGAAACGAUCAUGUUUCUACAUCUGAUCUUUUACCAGGGUCUGAAAGCCAGAAUAGCGAGCUGGCCAACAUUAGUGCUGGCUGACCUGUUUGACAUCCUGCUGCCAAUGCUGAACAUCUACCAAGAGUUUGUGAGAAACCACCAGUACAGCCUGCAGAUCCUGGCUCACUGCAAGCAGAACCGAGACUUCGACAAGCUGCUGAAGCAGUACGAGGCCAAGCCCGACUGCGAGGAGAGGACCCUGGAGACUUUCCUCACCUACCCCAUGUUCCAGAUUCCCCGAUACAUUCUUACACUCCACGAACUUCUGGCCCACACACCCCAUGAACAUGUGGAGAGAACCAGUCUGGACUACGCCAAAUCCAAGCUGGAGGAGCUUUCCAGAAUCAUGCACGACGAAGUAAGCGAGACCGAGAACAUCAGGAAGAACCUGGCAAUAGAGCGCAUGAUUGUAGAGGGCUGCGAGAUUCUCCUCGACACCAGUCAGACGUUUGUAAGACAAGGGUCUCUCAUCCAGGUGCCGAUGAGCGAGAAGGGCAAGAUCACCCGUGGGCGACUGGGCUCUCUGUCUUUGAAGAAGGAGGGGGAGAGGCAGUGCUUUCUCUUCUCCAAGCAUUUAAUCAUCUGCACCAGGGGUUCUGGUGGAAAGCUUCACCUCAUCAAGAAUGGAGUCGUCUCACUCAUAGACUGCACUCUACUGGAGGACCCCGAGGGGACAGACUAUGAGACCAAAUCAGACAAGAGCGGCCAGGACAUGGAGCACCUGGACUUCAAGAUUGUCGUGGAGCCAAAGGAUAGCCAGUCAUUCACAGUCAUCCUGGUGGCCUCCUCCAGGCAGGAGAAGUCUGCGUGGACCAGUGACAUCAGCCAGUGCAUAGACAACAUCCGCUGCAAUGGGCUGAUGAUGAACGCCUUUGAAGACAACUCCAAAGUCACAGUGCCGCAGAUGAUCAAAUCCGAUUCAAGUCUGUACUGCGAUGACGUCGACAUCCGCUUCAGCAAGAUGAUGAACUCCUGCAAGGUGCUGCAGAUCCGCUACGCCAGCGUUGAGCGCCUGCUGGAGAGACUGACUGACCUCCGUUUCCUCUCCAUUGACUUCCUCAACACCUUCCUACACUCCUAUCGCGUGUUCACCACCGCUGAUGUGGUGCUAGACAAACUCAUCACUAUCUACAAGAAGCCCAUCAGUGCCAUCCCUGCUCGGUCCCUGGAGUUAUUCUUUGCCAGCAGUCAGAACAGUAAACUGUUGUAUGGAGAACUUCCCAGCUCCCCCAGAGCCAGCAGAAAGUUGUCUUCCCCACCUCCUCUCGCUAUCACCAAGAACUCAUCCCCCAACCGCCGGCGCAAGCUCUCCCUCAACAUCCCCAUCAUCACUGGGGGCAAAGCGCUUGAUCUGGCUGCCCUCAGCUGCUCCUCAAAUGGCUAUGCAAGCAUGUACUCAACCAUGUCUCCAUUCAGCAAGACCACCUUGGACAUCAACAAGCUUUACGUGUCCAGUUCCAUCUCAAGCAAAAUCCCUGACGAGGGAGAGUACAAGAAGGACAAAGUGGAGGAUCCAUCAGUGACCAAGCAAGAUCUCUCCGUACGAGAAGAAACUGACAAUGAUCCCAACCAGAGUGAUGAAGGGCACCAGGAAGCCUCUCCCACCAAAUCCCCAACCACGCCAAAAAACAUCAAAUGCAAAAACCCUGCAGAAUUCUCCCUUUUUUCCUACAACAAUGGCAUGGUGAUGUCCUCCUGUCGAGAGCUGGAUAACAACCGCAGCGCUGUGUCUGCCACCUCGGCCUUCGCCAUUGCUACGGCUGGAGCCAAUGAGGGCACACCGACCAAGGAGAAGUAUCGCCGGAUGUCCCUCGCCAGUACUGGCUUCCCAACAGAUCAGAGGAAUGGAGACAAAGAAUUUGUGAUCAGACGAGCAGCGACCAACAGAGUCCUGAAUGUUCUGAGGCACUGGGUGUCCAAACACUCUCCGGACUUUGAUAACAACAAUGAGCUGAAGACAAAGAUAAUUGUUUUCCUGGAAGAGGUGAUGCAUGACCCUGAGCUGUUGACUCAGGAGAGGAAAGCAACUGCCAACAUCAUCAGGACUUUAACUCAGGAAGACCACGGUGACAAUCAGAUCACCCUCGCAGACGUUACACAGGCGAUGGGUGAAGGCAAGGUCGAGCAGUUUGAGAGUCACUCUGCAUUGGAGAUCGCAGAACAACUCACUCUGCUGGAUCACCUGGUGUUUAAGGUCAUCCCAUACGAGGAAUUUUUUGGACAAGGCUGGAUGAAGAAUGACAAAAACGAAAAGACACCGUACAUCAUGAGAACAACGAAGCACUUCAAUGAUAUAAGCAACCUUAUUGCCACGGAGAUCCUGCGCUGCGAUGACGUGGUCCCUCGGGUGUUCGUCAUAGAGAAAUGGGUGGCUGUAGCAGACAUCUGCCGCUGUCUCCACAACUACAACGCCGUGCUGGAGAUCACCUCCUCCCUCAACCGCAGCUCUGUCUUCCGUCUCAAGAAGACCUGGCUCAAGGUUUCCAAGCAGACAAAAGCAUUGAAUGACAAGCUGCAGAAGCUGGUGUCGUCAGAGGGGAGGUUCAAAAACCUGAGAGAGGCUUUGAAGAAUUGUGAUCCUCCGUGCGUUCCCUAUCUGGGGAUGUACCUCACAGACCUGGCUUUCAUUGAGGAGGGAACACCCAACUACACUGAAGACAGAUUGGUCAACUUCUCAAAGAUGAGAAUGAUUUCUCACAUCAUCAGAGAAAUCAGGCAGUUUCAGCAAACCGCGUACAAAAUUGACCUGCAACCAAAGGUAGCCCAGUAUCUACUGGAUAACAGCUUUGUUCUGGAUGAAGAAAGCAUGUACGAAGCCUCUCUCAGAAUUGAGCCUAAAGUGCCCAAUUGAAGUUGGUUAUCCACAUUAUUUCCUCUGUUAAUAUUACACAUAAGUUAAGACAUGCAUUGACUUUUGUGUAGUUGUACAUGUUUAAGAUAUCUUAUCUUCUGUACAGUAUGUGUUUAAGGUAUAUUUUUCGUUUAUUACUGUUGCCAUGACGCAGGUUUAAGGUUUAUUUUUUUCUUGCAUUUGGGGUAUUUCAAGCAUAAUAACAGAGGUCCCUUUGCCUGCAUGUAAUCUUCUUAGUGACCAAUGACAUUAUUUUGCAUUAUAUCAUACUGUGUUGACUUUGCACUUUCUGAGCACCCGUUGGCCGUUGUUCUCUUUGCCUGAGGUGCAUCAAUGACUGAGUUUCUCUGCAACCAAUGUAGCAUUAUAAAAAUUUAACAGCGUCAUAUCAGGUAAAAUACCACACAGAGUAUAACUGGAUAUAAACAUACGAAACAAUGUGAGGUGCAGUGAGGCACCAAAAGUAAAACUGUCUCUAUGAUUCCAAAAACAAGAGGGAUUUAUGUUUUAAUGUAUGUUCUCUACUCCAAAGUCAGAUGUUUCUAAGUGUAUUUUUUUCUUCUAACAGUAUCCUUAUGGACUGGCCCAUGGCUGGCUCGAAAGCAAUACACUCUUCCUCUCUUGUCACACAAGGAACUGAAACAAAUAUUUAUCUGUGAUAAAAACAGACUAAAACUCUUUAGGUUGUUGUGAUUAAUGUGAAGUAUUUGACAUCUGAAAUUACUGUUACACUUAAAUAUAUCAAUAGAGUACAGUGAUUUCUACCUGUCUUCAAAUUUAAUGUUUCUUAAUAAAAAAAAGAUCACAUGCGUUGGAAGGUGUUGUAUCUUCAGGUAUUUGAAGGCAAUAUCAUAGGCAAUGAUUCUGUUGAGUAAAAGGUUUUGUAAUUAAAAGACAAUCUGUCCUUUUUGCUGUUCCAGUGAUUGUGGAACGUGACUGUAUAUCACUCUGUUAUAUGCAUUGCUGUUUAAAACUGAUGAAACGUACGUGAAUGACCUCUGCCUGCAGCAUUCAAACACUAUUUUUGUAGUAGUAUAAUAGAGUACCUUGCUCUUUAUAUGGAUAUGGAAAAGUAUUUUGUACUUUGUUGUUAAUUCACCUCACUGAGAUGUGCUGUAUGUUUUGUACAUGCAAACAGUGUGGAACAGUGUAAUCCUUUCAACAGCAAAAAAAUAAGUUGUAACUCAAACUUGUACACUAAAAGCUACAACAGUGUGGCUCUGAAACUAUGAUUUAGAGAAGACCACCUCAGAGUGUUUUGCAUUAAUACUGUUAUCCUGUCUAUAACCAUUUCUGUUAGCAGGAAUAUAGUAAUGUAGUGCUUAUUCUGUAAAUAUUUGUAUGUAAUUUCUACAAUGUAUUUACAGUACACUGUUGAAGCUCAUGUGGUAGGCAUGCAACACCUUCACAGACCAAAUAAUACUAUAUAAUUAUACUGUAUACAUGCACAUACUCUUAUAAAGGUAUAUCAACAAAUAAACAUUUUGCUGUUAGCAAUACCCAGUGGUAUGAAAAUUAUCUUUCAACCCUCAUGUUUCCACACCGUAAGAAUAUUGCAAGUUUUGUAAGAAAACAAAGGAAAACACAACAAAAGUUAACAUAUGAUGAUGACAAUAACAAAUAAACAAGAAUAUGUUCCCAGUAACCUCUUGCUAAUAAAUCCAUUUGAUAUCAGGGGCAUUUUGUCUCAAGUGUUUUUGUAGACACCUUUGUUUUGUUGACAUCAUUAUGACUCAGAGUGAAACUAAAUAAAAUCGGUGUGUAUUUGACAA